AAUGUAAAAUCAAAACUACAAAUAACAUAAAAUUGCUUCUUCUUCUUCAAGUUUUGAAAGCGUGCGAACCAAACCGAGUUCUGAGGAGCUCGUCCAAAUUUGGUCGUCAAUGGCGACCUACAAGAUUCUCAACCGUGUCCGCCGUUCUGUUCCGGCAACCUAUCUCUCCACUCUCUCUCAUGCGCAUGAAUACCCCCUUCUCACCAAUCCUAUUCCAGACUCCAACUCUAGUAAUGUCAUUAGCCCUCUCCCGUUUUCUUCCCACCAUCGCAGGCCCAACCUCUUAUCAAGGACUCCGUACUCAUUAGUGGGGGCUCCCGAUUUUUUAUACUCUCGAACUAUUUUCACUCGUUCUGGAGAUGAUUCGGAGUACCGAGGAGCCGAAGAUUUUGAUGUUGAUUUCAUCACUAAGUUGCCCGAGUCUACUGUCUUGGAUGCUGCUUCAGCAAUUGGUAAUGAAGAAUCGAUCCUUCCAGUUCGAGUGGUCAUUUCAAUGCUUGAUGGGUUUCAUGACCUUACUGGCUUACCUUGGUGGAUAGUUAUUGCUUUCUCCACAUUGAGUCUCAGAGUUGUUCUGUUUCCUAUUCUUGUCUUGCAACUUCGCAAGUUGAAUCAAAUUGGACCCCUUGGACAGAGUCAUUUGGAUCCCAAUUCGCUCUCUCAGGAGAAAAGGCAAGCUUAUAAGAAGCCCUCAUUUUUAUGGCUACUUCCAUACGCUUGUGUCCAGAUCCCAUGCUUCUUAUUGUGGAUGACUAGCAUACGAAAAAUGUCUCUGAAUCAUCACCCUGGGUUUGAUUGUGGUGGUGCUUUUUGGUUCCAUAAUUUAACUGAAUUUUCACAUGGGGUUUUAGGCUCCAUAUUUCCAUUUGUGAUUGCUGGUUUGCACUAUGCCAAUGUUCAGAAUUCUUUUAAAAGAUCUUCUGUUAAAGAAACAACUGGUCUACUCGAUGUAGCAGUAAAAUAUUACAAGCUCGGCUUGGAUUUCAUGACUCUGCCUAUCCUUUGUAUCUGUUACUGUGUCCCUCAGGGAAGUCAAGUCUAUUGGGCCUCAAAUCUUUCACUAACUUUUACUCAGCAUUUUCUCCUCAAACAUCCUGCUGUACGUGCAAAGCUGGGGCUACCAGUCGAGAAAUAUCUUAAUUCUGCAGAUUCAAGUGUUACCACUCCUGCUAUAACAACCACAAGUGAACCUAAAAAACCGCACCAAAUAUCUUUGGAAGCCCUCUCUCCAUUAGAACUGCUUAACCUUUCCACCCAACUAUUAUCAAAACAACAUAUAGAAAGAGCAAUUCCUAUAAUACAACUGGCACUCUCUAAGGAUCCUGAGAGUACUAGGGGUUUAAUUCUCAUGGGUCAGACUCUAAUGCAAAAGGGACUGCUUCCAGAGGCGAUUGAAUACAUGGAGCGUGCCGUUUCAAAGCUCUUGCUUGCUGGGCAUCUUACAGGAGUGGCAGAUAUUUCUGAUUUAAUCCGCGCCUCAAAUUGGGCUGGUUCUCUCCAUAUUCGGCAGGGAAACAUCAAGGAAGGGCUAAUACAUUUAGAAAGGAUUGGAAGAUUGAAAGAGCCAGAGGAUCCAGUGUGCAAAGCUCACUACUUUGAUGGAUUGUUAAUGCUUUCAAGUGCUUUAUACAACGAGGGUCGCAAGAAAGAAGCUGCGGAUUUUCUUCGAUUAGCUGCUGCUUAUAAUCCAGCUUUCAAUGAGUUCUUAGAGCAAUGUGAAAAUGAUGACUCUUCGCCCAGCGAUCUUACCAACAGACAACAAUAGACAAGAUCAUUUACAUAGGCUGAACUACACAAAUUUUGUUUUCCUUACUUUUUUUAUCAUUAUUAUAUUACCUAACAAUAAAGCGAUUAGAGAAUAAAGUUUUGGGAGUCAUUGUUGUGAUUAUUAUCAUAUAACAUUUUUCCUAGAUACUCAGGUAUGCAUUUUUUUGGGGGGUUCGUAGAUUGAGAAGAGAAGAUAGUAAGCAUGGUUUUCGGACUUAAAACUUGAGGUCCAAAGAGAGUUGUACUAAAUAAUGACACUUUCCUUCCAUCUUGGGUGUUUAGAUCUCCAAAUUGCAGAAGCUUCUAAAGUUGAUGAUGGUAAGCAACUUAGUUUGAAGAUUUAGAGGAAAAGCAAGUUGGUUUGUAUAUGAUAAAACAAAAAAAGUUUAAAACAAACAAAAAAUUAUGGUUUAUAUUGCAACUUCUGUUGGAGAAAAGACAGUUUUUUGAGCAUU